GAUUUUGUCCGUCACUUCCGCGUGCUGCUACCCGAGGGCACCAGUGCCACCCAGGAAGGCAUCGGACAGUACCUGGGCCAGGUGGACCUUGCACCCAAUGGAUACCAAGUUGGCAAAACCAUGGUGUUCCUGCGGGAGGUGGAGCGUCAGCAGCUGCAGGCGUUGCUCCACAGGGAGGUCCUGAACCGUAUCGUCACGCUGCAGCGCCGCUUCAGGGCCCUGCUGGAGAGGAAACACUUCAUCAGUAUGAGACUGGCUGCUACAACCAUCCAGAAAUGGUGGCGUGCCUACCAGUCCAAGCAGGAGGAUGACUACAACCCAAGCAUCGAGGAGGGGGCAGCCUUGUGUAUCCAGACAGCUUGGCGGGGGUACAAGGAGCGCUGGAGGUUCGGGCUGUGGCGGGAGGCGGCCCUGCUGCUGCAGAGGGAGUGGAGGGCGUUGCUGAAGCGGCGAGAACGGGAGGGGGCGGCACUCGCCAUCCAGACAGCCUGGCGCUGCCACAUGGCCAGAGAGGCCUACCUGCGACUGCGUAGCACCAUGGUGCUGCUACAGGCAGCGGGCAAAGGCUACCUGGCCAGACAAAGCUUCGGGCAUUUGAAGGAGCAGAGACUGAGGGAGAAAGAGCAGAGGCUGAGGGAGAGAGAGAGUCAACAACAGCAGCAGCUGCUGCAGAAUGGACAGAUGCGCCUCUCGCCAGAAGAAGACGAUCAGCCAGUGAGGAUCAUGGGCCUGGACCUGAGCACAUGGGAGGACCGCUCAUACAAGGAGCGGGAAAGGAGCAUCCAGAGACUGAACAGCCAGGAGGAGAGGGUAAAAGAGGGACGAGGUGUAGAAAUAGGAGGUGAGGGAGGAGUGGCGAGGGCCGCAGAGAGCUCAGGUAGGGCCCAGUCGGAACCACCGCCAGUUUCGUCGACAGCCACUGUGGUGGUGAGAGAGAGGACCAGGACCCUGGACGAACCCUGCCAGAAGACCACCAGGGCCAAGAGGGAGAGCCGGAGGAUGAGGGAGCUGGAGCAGGCCAAGUUCAGCCUGGAGCUGCUCAAGGUGCGGGCCACGGGCAGUGGUGGAGCCUCGUCCCCCUCUGAAGAGAGGCGCUGGUCGGCCGAGCUGACCCCCACCACCACCCCGCCUCGCCGCUCUCCCCAGGGACCCGGAACCCCCGACAGCCAGAGCUCCAAGGGCAGCUUCGAGCUACUCAGCAUGGAUGAUGAGAUACUCAGGGAGAGGGCACCUUUGGCAGAUGAGGACGAGCUUGGUUCCCCCCUCUCUUCUGAAGUGCAGCUGGAGCAGGCCCCGGAUGUCAGCCUCGUGUCGAAGGAGUCUCCCAGGGCUUCUGUGUCCGAUGCCGCCGCCCCACCUCCAGACAGUCAGAGUCAGGCCAAGCUAGACCCGGCUGCCGCCUCUCCACCUCCGCCCAAGAUAGAGAACUACCUCCCUACCUUUUACGUUCCGUCAACUGAUGGCAGCUUGAUGAUCACCCAUCGUCUUAGCGAUGACUCCUCGCGGCCCCUCGAGGCCGAUACCACUAGUACCACCAUCGUCACCAAGCCGCUCAAGUCAAUCAAACAAAGGCGGGAAUCGUCACGGCGACCCGUGGUUGUGGUCAUCAGCAUGCAGAAGGAAACCCCCCUGGAUCAGGAGGAGCUCGAUGGUGCCAUCAUUCGUUUUCCGCCUGUAGAGGUUCGUGACGGAUCGGCACAAACCGGCGAAUCCCCUUCAUCGCCACGGCUACCAGUCCCUGCACCUGUUCCACCACUAGAUCCCGCCCCAGUCAUCCCUAUCUCUGGCCCCACCCCUGUCCCAGCUGCCAACCAGUUGGUCCUGGAGAAGCUGGAGCGACUGAACGAGGAAAAGGAGGAGAGGCAGCGGCACCUGCAGCAGCAGAACGAGCGGGAGAUGAUGGACCAGAUCCGGAAGCAGAAGGAGGUUCUGGAGAGACAGCGGCACCACUUCGCCCAGCACGAGAGGGAACUGUUGGAGAAGCAGAGGGGUGAGGCCCUGGUCAGGAUCCAGCAGAGCCGGCAGGGAGGGUCCCCCCAAGACAGGAGUGCAACCACAGCUACCUCUACCAGGCCCCUUAGACCCAGCUCCCUUCUCAUCGAGAGAGCCCCGGCUCUGGCUCCACCCUCCAGGACCCAGUCUGUGUCCGCUGCCCACGCAUACCUCUCUCCUCCUGGGCCGAUGGACACCCAGAGUGUCCCCAUGCCCCAUCCUGAGCCCAACAAGGCCCAGCCCAACAAGGCCCAGCCCAACAAGGCCCAGCCCAACCAGGCCCGGCUCCCUCCACCUCCCUCAGCCCCCAAAACAAAGACCAGGGAUGGGAGACCCAUUGCGGAUGGCUGGGCGCCGAAUUUGACCCUGGAGUCCAGAGAGGGCGGGGGAGGAGGAGCCAGAGGGAGGGUUCCCAAGAAGGUCCCAGCUAAUCAGGGCACCAGCAUCAGCAUGACUGACAUGUCGGAAAACAUCUUCUUUGCGCCCAAAGACAGAGUGGCGUUCUCUAAGUUUGACAAGGAGAAGCCUGUUAAUCAAGAGAAGCCUGUAGCAGUCCCAAAAGAGGGCCCCUCAAGCACCAAGCCCACCAUAGGACUGAAAACACAGGAGGUCAGCAGGGCGGGCCACAGAAAGAAAGCCCGCAUGGCACGGACACGCUCUGACUUUCUGACCCGCACGCCGACCUCCUCGCUGGGGUGCGAGUCGGAGGACGAGUACGACGGAAAGCCCCCCCUCUCCUCCCCUCCCCCCUACGCCAAAACCAUCCCUAAACAGGAGUCCUUUGAGUGUUUCAGUGACUCAGAGAUGCCUUCCACUAGCUCUGAGGAACAGAAGAAGAUACAGAAGGCCAUGUCAUCUGGAGAUCUGGCCAAAGUUGACACGAUACGCAAGAACGCCCAGUCAGAUGGAAGGGUUCGUGGUAAGAUGCGUUUCUGGGGCAAGACGAAGCAGGGUGAGAAGAAGUCGUCCAGAGAGAAGCUGUUCUGUGGAGGUGACUCCAUGGAUGCAGAUGACGGAGACACGGGGCCACUGCUGGGAGAAGCAGGACAGGAUUACAUGUCACCGCCUCGUAGUCCAGACCUGACCCUGGAGCGGGGGGCCAAGGAGUUCAAGGAGAACAAGGAGCCCUCACCAAAAGUGAAGAGGCGGCGUAGCGUCAAGAUUAGCAGUGUCGCCCUAGAGCCUGCCCAGUGGGGGAAUGAUGCACUGCAGAUCCUCACCUGCACCAACGACUACAGGAGCAUGAACGACUUCCUCAUGAAGAAGAUCAGUGACCUGGUGGCUGAGGACGGCGGUAAGAAAGACACAAUGGUGGACGUGGUGUUUAAAAAGGCCUUGAAGGAGUUCCGCCUCAAUAUCUUCAACUCCUACUCUACUGCUCUAGCGAUGGAUGAUGGGAAGAGUAUCCGCUAUAAGGACCUGUACGCCCUGUUCGAGCAGAUCCUGGAGAAGACCAUGCGCUUGGAGCAGAGGGACUGGAGCGAGUCGCCCGUCAAGGUCUGGGUCAACACCUUCAAGAUCUUUCUGGAUGAAUUCAUGACCGAGUACAAGCCCAUGGACAGCACCAUCAGCAAGGUCCCCAAAACCGAGCGAAAAAAGAGGAGGAAAAAGGAUGCAGAUAUUGUGGAGGAACACAAUGGCCACAUCUUCAAGGCCACCCAGUACAGCAUCCCCACCUACUGCGAGUACUGCUCCUCUCUCAUCUGGAUGAUGGACAGGGCCUGCGUCUGCAAAUUGUGUCGCUAUGCCUGCCACAGAAAGUGCUGCCUGAAGUUGACCACCAAAUGCAGCAAAAAGUACGACCCAGAGCUGUCGUCCAGGCAGUUUGGGGUGGAGGUGUCCCGUCUGACCAACGAGGAGAGGACAGUGCCCCUGGUGGUGGAGAAGCUCAUCAACUACAUUGAGAUGCACGGCCUCUACACCGAGGGCAUCUACAGGAAGUCUGGCUCGACCAAUAAGAUCAAAGAGCUCAAGCAGGGACUGGACACAGACGUGAACAACAUGAACCUGGAUGACUACAACAUCCACGUUAUCGCUAGUGUCUUCAAGCAGUGGCUCCGGGACUUACCCAAUCCGCUUAUGACCUUCGAACUAUACGAGGAGUUCCUCCGCGCCAUGUGCCUGCAGGACAAGAAGGAGGUGAUUCGAGGGGUCUACUCUAUUAUCGACCAGCUCAGUAGAACUCACCUCAACACUCUGGAACGGCUCUUCUUCCACCUAGUUAGGAUCGCAGGGCAGGAGGACACCAACCGUAUGUCGGCCAACGCCCUGGCCAUUGUCUUCGCCCCCUGCAUCCUCCGCUGCCCCGACACCAUCGACCCCCUGCAGAGUGUCCAGGACAUCGGCAAGACCACAGCGUGUGUGGAGCUCAUCAUCGGAGAGCAGAUGAAUAAGUACUGCGCCCGGCUGAAGGACAUCAACAGUCUGGAGUUUGCCGAGAACAAAGCCAAGUGCAGGUUGACCCUCAUUCGGAGAUCAAUGAAACCUGUACUAAUUGCUGUUAGAUUUAUGACCAUAUCCCGCAGUACCAUCCCGCCAAACGCAGCCAAAAAGGGCAAGGGCCACGUACGGCGGUUCAGCUACCACACGCCCUCGCCCCCGGUUAGCCCACGCCUGCCAUCCGUGACCGGUGCAGUAAUGCAGGAGAGUGGUGGUGAGGAGGUGGGGGCAGGGCUGGAGCCUGAGGUAUCGGAGCACCAGCAGUUGGCCAUGCAGCAGGAGGAGAGGGUGCUGACGGAGCAGAUCGAGAGCCUGCAGAAAGAGAAGGAGGAGCUAACCUUUGAGAUGCUGACUUUGGAGCAGCGAGCAUCAGACGAUGAGACCCUGGAGUCGGAGGCGUCCAUCGGCACGGCCGACAGCUCUGAGAACCUCAACGUGGACUCUGAAGGGGCCACCUCCGACUUCUCCGGUCCCUCAGAGAGAGAACCCACGCUGGCCCCCGUCGCCCGAACCAAGAGGUCGGAGGGGAAGAGCCACCGACGCCGCAACCUACGCAGGCAACCAGAUUCCCAGGACUCAGUGGACUCCUGUUCCACCAUCUCCUCCCUCUCCUCCUCCUCCCACUUCCACCCGUCCUCUUCCUCCUCUGUGGCCACAGCUCGCCACUUUCGCUACCGCUCCAAGUCACCCUCUUCUGGCUCUGGCUCUGCCCAGGGCUUGUACCUGACCCAGCCUCCCCGCCGCGACAGCAUGGACUGUCCCCCCCUGGCCAAACAGGAGGGGGCGUUCGAAGAGAGGUCACAGUUCACCAGCCGAGGCACCUUCAACCCGGAAAAGGGCAAACAGAAACUGAAAGGAUCCAAGAACUCUCCCUUGAGGCACUCCCAUGACAGUGGGGGCCGCAGCAGGGAUCCGCCUGACUUACCCCAGCAGCGGGUGUUGUACGGCAGCAAUGAGUUCAUGGUAUGAAGGACAGUGGGAACACCUCCUUCGUCACAGCCCACUCUCCCUAAGAGCAUGCGAUCUGACCCCCUUCCUCAAACACUCCAGCUCACCCUUUCUCAGUCCACGUCCGCAACGAUGCAGCACUGUCCCCCCAAGUGCCAUGUACACACAGUACUGUGUACAGUACACCUCAAAGAGACAGGAGAGGGACAUGCUGGGAGUGGGAGAGGAGGAACCAGUAGAAGGGUUGAUCUCCUGUGGCCUUAACUGCCAACCACACUCCCCAUGGUCCCUCUGCAGGUCUGGGUCUCCCUCAGCCCAGGGGAGAGGGGACGUGUGGAGCAGGAAGGCAGAGAAAAGGGAAUGCUGGGACACUGGGAGAGGACUACUCAGCAUCCGGGAGAUCUCCCGAGCUGACGUCCCGAUGCAAACUAGUAGGUGGAACGAAAAAAAUAAAGGCUACCGAGCCAUUGACAGUGCUGCCGUGUCCAUGAACUUGAGAUCUCAAUCAUUGGCUGCUUUAAAGUUUACAGUUAAAAACAAUCAAUGUAAGCAGUGGUUCCUCUAUUAUUACAAAUGUAUUUUUCCCUUAAGCCUAUUUAAUAAUUUUUUUAUUUCAUGGAAACUAUAAAUCUAUAUAACUAUAUUAUAAAGGUAUAAAUAAUGUACAAAGCCGGAACACCAGUAACUGCUGGGUAGUUGAAGUCAAAUAUUUAUCUUUUUCUUGAGUAUCUUGGGCAGAGAUGUAUGGUAUUGGACAAAGGCUGUGUGCGUGUUUGAGUGUCAAUUUGUGUGAAUGAGAAGACCACUUCAUGUGUUUUUAAGUUUGUGCUGCUUUAUUGCUCUCCUGAGGGAAAUACGGCCAUGAAACGGACCAAGUUAGCUGGUGUGUAUUCCAGCCAAGGGGAUCCCAGCUCUGUAAAGAAUGUCGGAUGUGUAUAAAAUCACUGCAUUCACAGCUUAACAGCCAUACAACAAUUAGAAUGUACAGUACAAUAUGUAUUGGACAAAUGCCAUUCUCCUAGCUCUGGAUACAUGUUACCCCCAAAUCCUUGUCUUCCUGAGAUAUCAGUGUUGGACUCAAUAGCAACCAAACAAGGACAUGCACUUUCUUGUCUUCUGUCAUUAUUCGUACCAUUUCUUGUUUUUUUCUGGGUGUAUUAGUUUAACAUUUUUAUUGGGAUAGUUUUGUGGAGCUGUCAUGUUGGACAGUCAGCUGUUUUUCAGGCAACAGUCAAAAGACCCCUUUCAGUUUAAAACAUGCUUUUUGUAACACUAUCAGUGUUGAAAUAUAAAUUCCUUAUCAGCUAUCAGAGACUCAAAGAUAAAAAAAAUAAAACACGAUAUUCAAACACC